AAACAUUCACACAAACGAGCAACAUGCGGAUAUGUUUCGUUAUCUUUGUGUUUAAUCUUCGUUCACUCCGCUUUUACAAAGCCUCUGUGACUUUCACUGGGGCUGUCUAAACAGGCAGGGUUUUUUUGUGAAGUAUGGUGACGUUUACGAUGACGAGUCUCGUGUUUUGCACGUUCUUCACGCUCUGCACGAGUAUUACAAUAGGACUUCCGGAAGAUCACGUGGAUGUAGGCUCGUGUUUUGACAGGGCUUGCAUUUCUGAGCUAGAUUGGCAUGAAAUUGGAGAGAAAUGGCAUAACUUCCGGCUGACGGUAAAAGCCAUGAAUGACAGCAGAUCGGACGAUAUGAGAAAGGCGAUAUGGCGGGUUUUUCAAAACGACAAUACAUGGAAUGGAGACGAAAAACAAAUCGCUAGGAAUAUGAAGGAUAUACGUAACAUGAGAAGUAUUAUGGACAAAAGAACGGAGGAAAUUCGAGCUGUGCAACUGAAAGAUGCAACAACAAGGUAUGACCAUCAGGCGAUUAUAGCGAUGGAGGGAGACACUACUGUAGCAAAGGCAGCACAUUUUCUAUACAACAAACACCCGUCAGUCUCCACUUUGUAUGAGUACAGUCCUAAAACUGACACACUAAAAGUCAUUGCCGGAAAGGAACAUUUUCUAGGGGAGCACAGUCGAGUUCAGGUAAAUGUAUAAGCGGCCAUUAUUUUUUUUUUUAUUAUUAUUAUUUUUUUGCUCAUUUGUGAAUUGGUCGGUGCUAUCCGAGCAUAGCUUCAUAUUAACUCUACAGUUCAGACAUUUUUAGCCUGCUUAAUUGACUUUCUGGGGAAAUUUAACGCCAAUAACGCAUAAAAAAGCAGAAGUGUGUCAAAUCCUAUACGUCUCUGUAGAAUUGAAGUUGGC